AAUAAACAACAACAGACGUUGGUGGAUGUUGCUCCCCUACAGUUUAAAUCUAAUUAAACGUCUUCAUUUGGUUUUUUAAAAGUUUUUAUUAAUUUUAUAUCAUGUUUUUAUUGAAGAUUUUUGGUUUGAUGUAGAGGAUUGUCCUAAAAUGAACGAUCAGGACGAGAGGGUGUCUGGAGUGUUUUUUGACUGGAGGAAUCCCCAUUCAGCAUCGAGGCUGGCACGAGCAGUUAGAAGUAAGAACGUAAAGGAUGUUAAAAGGUUGAUAAGCCGAGGGGUCGCCUUGGAUUCACCUGACAACCGUGGUUUUACACCCCUGCACGAGGCUGCCAAGGACGAUGACUGCACCCAAAUCGCAAGGAUUCUACUCAAAGCAGGUGCCUACGUCGACCACAAGACUGUCGAGGAUGAAACGCCUUUGUACAUCGCCUGUGCUAAUUCCUCAGAAAAUAUGGUGAAACUGUUAAUCGCGCAUAAAUGCUGCAUCAAUGCCUGCAACGUUGACGGGUUCACACCGCUUCAUGUGGCAUGCGCCAAGAAAAACUUGGACAUCAUCAGGUGUCUAAUUUCCGCCGGAGCCGAUUUAAACGUCAAAGACAUCGCUUCGCAGAAAACGCCUAUUUUUGUCGCAGUCGAAAAUUCGAACGCAGAAGCUGUGAAAAUUUUACUCAAAGCUGGUGCAAAUACUAACUUGAAUGAUUAUUAUAACAGGACACUUCUUCAAUUUGCAUGCGCUGUUGAUGACAUUGAAGUUUUUGACAUUUUGUUGAAUCAUUUUGGCACUACGGAGAAAAUUAUUAAUUAUCAAUCUGAGGACGGUUGGACUUUAUUAAUGGAAGCUGUACAAUUCAAAAAUUUUAAAGUGAUUGAAAGGCUGAUUAAUUACGGUGUAGACAUGUCUCUUACAGACAACCGUGGCCUCUUAGCUUUACACAUAGCUGCUCACUGUGAUAAUUUAAAAUGCUUAGAAUUAAUAAUAAACAAUACACCAAUGGAAACAAUAGAAAAAUGUUCAACAAAUAGGCCAGACAUGACACACACAAGGAGUCUUCCUUGCCUCCUUCUCGACAGGAAUAUGUAUGAAGGUCUUGAGCUUUUAUUAAAUUACGGUUUGAGCAAGGAGGUAAUCUCCUGCCCUGUUAAAAUGGGUUCCCAUCUUGCUUCACCCAUUAGUUUUUUAUUGCUCCAUGCAUCUAACAUCGACAACAAAGAUAAGCUGAAAUAUCUGGACUUGAUGUUGACAAAGGAGGAGCUCAUAGAUCCAAAGUACGAAACAAAGUAUGAAGUGGUCUCAACUUUAGAUGCUUCAGUUAAGAUGCACCAUCCGAGUCAUGUGGACUGUAUCUGUUUAGAAGCUUUAAGUAAAAUUUUAAAGAAAAAUGCAAUUCCGGAUGACAUCAGUGAAGAUCUUUCAAGGAGUGAAGACGAUACAAAUUUAAUACCGGAAUUGUUUCGGUCAUUAAUAGAGAUGGGUUAUAUAGAAGGGUUAAAAUUGACCCUGAGAUACACUACUGUCAUAGAACCUGAAGACUUGAUGGUUAAUUUUUUCAUUAAAAUUUUCACAGGUUCGAUGAAAGGGUCAUACAGGUGGCUAGGAAAUGAAAUUGCUCUUGCUGAAUUUUUCCUGGGCGUUUGUAACAAUACGACACCAGUGUGUAAAACAUUUUCAGAUCUUUUGGCACAGAACUGUUACGACUACUAUCCGAAUGUCUGGGCAAUCUCUGAGCUCAUAAAGCACAGGAAAGUGCCAAGCCUCAAAGUCAUCACGAGGUCUGAAAUAAGGAGGGAUUUACACAGACUGUGUCUACCGGGCGAGUUCCUGAACAAACUGAGAUCUCUUGAUGUACCUAAAUUGAUCAUAAAGUUUCUAACUUAUGAAGACCUGUAAAUUGGAAAAUUUAUGUCCAUAAAUCAUCAGAUUUGUACAUAUUUUGUAUAAACACAAGCUUGUAAUUUGU